AGAAAAUGUGUUGAAAUCUAAAGAAAAAGUGUGUUCUGCGGAGGAAAGGUUUGCGUCGUGUAGUUGGAAGUUAUACCACAUCGCGUUGAUUUUUAUUUCUUUGUGGGAGGAGCGCAAAUCCAGCGACAUCUCCAAAAAAGACCAGAAAUAGAUCAUUGAAUAGGAACUUGAUGUGAUGUUUGCUUAAAAUUUUAUAUAUAUAAUUAUUGUACUUGUUCCGGAAAACAUAAACGUUACACAGAAGCGAUAAUGCCAACGAAGAGUUUUUAUGAAAUUUUAAACUCCAAACCAACAGCGAGCUUCGAAGAGCUGCGCCGCAAUUAUAAACAAUUGAUUCUACAAUGUCAUCCCGAUAAAUUACAACAUAUUCAUAACACAGAUACCAAAACAAAAAGAAAUACAGCAAGUGCUAAUGGUGAUAAUACCACAACCAUAACUAAUAUUGCGGCGGUCAUUAUGCCUGCUGCUGUUGACCUAAAUGCCGAAAUCUCAAUUUCGACAUCUUCAGAGCAAAACAGUGAACAAUUUGUAGCCAUAAAUGAAGCUUGGAAUACGCUCAAAGACCCUGUGAAACGAAGACACUACGAUGCCGAAUUGCUGUUGAGAAAAUUCCAAACGCACAGUAAUAUCUUUGCGCGGUUAACGCUUGACGACAUGAAACGCUGUGCCGCCACCGCAACAACAAAUAGUGGAAGUGACAGUGGCAGUGACAGUGAUAGUGAAGUUGCAUGCGAAGACGGGAUAGAGGGCAAGCCUAUUGCGGGUGACAUUUAUUGGUAUUAUACAUAUGAUUGCCGAUGUGGCGGUCAGUAUAUUGUUGAUGAGUCAGUGGACAGUGAAAUACUCAACCGCAACCAGAAGCGUACGCCGAACAGACAUAGCGCCAGUAAAACGUCGGAAGAGCAAAAACUGACUCAACAACAAAAACAAAAUAACUCCGAUAAGAAUAUUCAAGCAGCUGCUGACAGUGGCGCAGAAAAUGCGUCUACAUCGAAAUGUGGCAACAACAGUAAAAGUGUAGGAGCUGGUGUUUAUGAAGACAUACAGGGCCCUGCUGCCGCUAAUCGCGAUGUCGACGACGGCGCCGUCGACGAUGAAGAUGGCGAGGUACUUGUCGAAUGUAGUGAAUGUUCUUUAGUGAUCGUAUUGACUUGAACG